AGUGGGCGUGACGUCACAAGAGGGGCGUAGUCGUGAUGUCAUGAGCCUCCGGCACUGCACCCGACGCUCUAAACAAAUGCCGGGUGCAGCAGAGUGAUCGCGGGGGUCCCCAGCGGCCUCGUUUAGUGUUGGGUUCAGCGUUGGAGGCUUGUGAUGUCACGGCUGGGCCCUUCUAAUGACAUCAUGGCCACGCCCCUCAAUACAAGUCUAUGGGAGGGGCCGUCACGCCCCCUCCCAUAGACUUGCAUUGAGGGACAUGAGCCUCGGCCCCACAUCGCCAGUCAUCCGGUACGAAGCGAAGUUCGCUCCAUGCACCGGAUGUAUGGGGUGCUGCAGCCGAAAUCGUGAGGUCUCCAGCGGCGGGACCCACGCUAUUAGAUAUUUUAUCCCCUAUCCUUUGGAUAGGGGAUAACACAUCUAGGGGCGGAGUACCCCUUUAAUGGGACAUUAUGCCUGGUUCCAGAAGCCUAUGUAAAACCGGGCAUAGACCCACAGGCUGUAAUAGGAUUGAAGUAAUUGUUGUACAGAACCUGCAUUGCCCCAUAUCGGACAUUCCAGAUCCGUCACAAUGAUGCAAGUUUUGGCGAGUGGCACUAACUUUAAUACGUUGGAGUUGAGACUUAUGUAGUUGUGUUUUGAUUCCAUUAUCAAGAUCUCUGCUUGCUGUCAUUUACUGGGGAGAUUGAGCCUUUGUAGGACGAAGACCCUGACCAUACUGUGCUGAGAUAGAUGCACAUCUUGCUUCUGAUGUAAAACCAGAAUAUUUCCAUCCACUGACAGCAAGCAGAUAGUGAGGAUUAAAAAUCCGAAAUAUAUUCACUUCAUUUACGGAAAAAUGGAUAUUCCCUCUAAUUGGGAUUUCCACUAUGCACAGGGUGGGCGGGUGGGUGGUAAAUGUUAGACCAGCGAGGGACUGAUCAUUGGGGCCCACCACUAGUCGCCGAUCCUCUGGUUGAACUACCUCCGCACGGAAGGGAAUAUUUGUAUAGAGUAGUCGCCAUUGUGCGAAUCUCAGUAGUCAGACAAUCUCAUAUCUAUCACACAUACAGUUCAUUUUGUGUUUCUUGUCAUACAUUGGGCCUGUCGGUCACACAGGAGCUUUAAAUAGGCAACAAACUUAUCAGACUCCCUUCCUGUCCUCUGAAAAACUGCUCAAUCCAUCUCGAGACAGAGCGACUUACCUUAGUGUCUAGUUACAGCUGCCUAUAGAAGUCUAUGGAGAGGAGGAGAAAGCAGCUGGAGACGAGGCAGAGACAUACACAGGACUGCAGCAGCUUGUAAGAACCACCAGGAUGCCUGCGAAUUGUAGUAGUUGUGAAACCCACCGGGCAGUCCUGCGGAGACCCAAGACUGGCCAUUCUUUGUGUAAGGAAUGCUUCUUCCAUGCUUUCGAGGAGGAGAUCCACCACACCAUAGUGUCUGCCAAGCUCUUUCAGCCGGGGGAGAAGGUCGGCAUCGGAGCUUCGGGCGGGAAAGACUCUACAGUCCUUGCCCAUGUCAUGAAGGUCCUGAACGAACGCUAUCGGUACGGCUUAGAACUUAUCCUGAUCUCUGUGGAUGAGGGCAUCUCGGGAUACAGAGACGACUCCUUGGAAACGGUGAAAAGGAACCAGCAGCAGUACGAGCUGCCCCUGAAGAUUGUGUCCUAUCAGGAGCUAUAUGGUUGGACCAUGGACCAGAUCGUCAAGCAAGUGGGGCUCAAGAACAACUGUACGUUCUGUGGGGUGUUCAGGAGGCAGGCGCUGGACCGAGGGGCCAUGAUGCUGGGGGUCAACAAGAUAUGCACAGGUCACAACGCGGACGACAUUGCGGAAACCGUCCUGAUGAAUUUCCUUCGAGGAGACAUCGCGCGGUUGCGCCGCUGCACGGCCAUAACCACCGGCAGUGAAGGCGCCAUCCCCCGAUGCAAGCCUCUGAAAUACGCCUACGAGAAGGAGAUCGUGCUUUACGCCUACUUCAAAAAGCUGGACUAUUUCUCCACCGAGUGCAUCUACUCCCCCAACGCCUAUCGGGGUCACGCCCGCGCUUUCCUGAAGGACCUGGAGGCGUUGCGGCCCAGCGCCAUCGUGGACAUCAUCCACUCCGGGGAAAACCUGUCGGUGAAGGAAGACGUCCGCAUGCCCGUGCAAGGGAACUGCGCCCGCUGCGGCUACAUCUCCAGCCAGGGACUGUGCAAGGCCUGUGUGUUGUUAGAGGGACUGAACCGCGGCCUCCCCAAACUGGGGAUCGGCAAACACCAUAAACUUCACCAUAAGCUUUUGGCGCAGGAACCGCUGAGUGAAGCCGAAACACGAAAGCUGAAGGUUGUGGACUUCUGAUGCAGCGGCCAUAUUAAUUUUUUUAAAUAGUUUUGCCCUUUUUUUUUUUGUUUUUAUUUUAUUUUAGUGAAACGCAUCCAACGGAGAUCUUCUAGGACCCAGUGGUCUCUAAACUGGUGGCUCUCCAGAUGUUGCAAAACUACAACUCCCAGCA